CGGUCUCGCGGUGCGUAAAGACAGCUCCACCACAAAAUGCGCGAACUGCUCUUUUCUACCUUUUCACGGAGGAAUCUGUUCCAGUCACAGGACAUGAUCUAUUUUUAACAUCCAACUCACCGAACAGUCUGAUGCCCGUAACAUGGACCCGCUCUUCAAUGCCACCGACUGUAACUGGACAAACGUCUCCGUUAACUGCAGCGACGGCUUCAACCAGUUCAUCCAGCCGGUGUGGCAGAUCACACUGUGGGCUGUCGCGUAUUGCAGCAUCGUUGCGGUCUCUGUGGUGGGAAACAUGGUGGUUAUCUGGAUUAUUCUGGCGCAUAAACGCAUGAGGACCGUCACCAAUUACUUUCUGGUGAACCUGGCCUUUGCUGAGGCUGCCAUGUCAGCAUUCAACACAGUGAUCAACUUCGCCUACGCCGUUCACAACGAGUGGUACUUCGGUUUGGUUUACUGCCGCUUCCACAACUUCUUCCCCAUUGCGGCCAUAUUUGCCAGCAUUUACUCCAUGACAGCCAUAGCACUGGACAGAUACAUGGCUAUCAUCCACCCCCUGCACCAGAGGCUGUCUUCCACAGAGACCCGUGUGGUGAUCGGCGUGAUCUGGAUGCUGGCUCUGCUUCUGGCCUUCCCUCAGUACUACUACUCAUCCACUGCCCUGCUGCCUGGACGCACGGUCUGCUACAUAGACUGGCCUGAGUACAUCACCGUGGACUUCAAGAAGAUAUACUAUGUGUGUGUGACUCUGCUGAUCUACUUCUUGCCCCUCUGCGUCAUGGGAUGUGCGUACACAACGGUGGGUGUCACCCUCUGGGCAAGUGAGAUCCCCGGCGACUCGUCUGAACACUACAAAGAGCAGCUUAUUGCCAAACGCAAGGUGGUGAAGAUGAUGAUCGUGGUGGUGUGUACGUUCGCUGUCUGCUGGCUGCCUUAUCACAUCUACUUCUUACUGCACCAGUUCUUCCCUGAUUUGUUCGAAGAGCGCUACAUCCAGCAGGUCUACCUGGCCGUCAUGUGGCUGGCCAUGAGCUCCACCAUGUACAACCCGAUCAUCUACUACUGCCUCAACAGCAGGUUCAGGGCGGGUUUCCAGCAGGUGUUCUGUUGCUGUGCUCCCACUGUUGCCAAGGAGGAGCUGGAGCUCAAAUCACCACGUUACCUGCAGACACAGGUGAGCAUAUACCGAGCGAGUCGGGUGGAGACUGUGGUUUCCACUGCUAUACCACCCUGCAUCAGUGAGGAGGGCAGAUCUGGCGCCCUGUGCCCCUCACAGCCAGCUCCACUCGGAGGUCACAUCCAGCAGAACAGGCUCUAAGACGUUUACCAAGCGUCCUGAUAGUCCCUCACAGCAGAGCAAACAUCGGGCGGAGCAGCUCACCCUGCUGUGUGAGGCGGACACCUGGCUUUGAUCAGACGGCAAACAAAUCUACACUUAAGUCCGUUAUCUAGCUCAGACAUUUUGUGGUAACCACAAAAGGUAAGUGCAUUAAUACCCAGCGGAUGUCAUCAGGCUGUUGACACCACAGACGUGAACCGCAGAGGCCCGAUGGAAGCAGCAGAAACACCGCAGCAGACCUCACACCGGUUCGUUCCAUCAGUCAGUGCGGGUGUGGCGCCGACACUUGACCCCCAGCAUUCUCGGGCCGGUUUUGGAAAGCGUAACCCUCGGCUUCCCUUGGCAACAGGGUCUUGUUGUCAAGUUGAGUUGGUGACUCUGUGUUUGUGUUGUGUGGAAAUAGGGAGGCAGCUUCAGAGCGGGUGUGUGCGUGGAGAUCUAGCACCUGUUGGACAGGAUUAGCCCCUCGCUUUGACAAUGUGCAGAGCUGGGUUCAGUCUGCAGCAGCCAGGUCACAGGCCAGCUAAAUAUAGAGGACGGGCCGGGAAAACGGAGACGCAUAUAGAAGGAUGGAAACAGCGGUGGAGGAAAGUAAAGGAUAGGAAAACAUGAACCACCCGUGAACCACUCGUCUGCUCAGAUGCUUCCCUCUCUGCAGGCGAAGGACUCGGGGAGGUGGCUCGUCACUGGUGAGGGAUGAUGCUAUUUUAGCGUCGCAGACAACAGCUGCACAAAACUCCUCAAAGAAUGUCAACACACAGUUUACUGGACUCUGUCACUGCUCUCUCUCUCUCUCUCUCUCUCUCUCUCUCUCUCUCGUUAUGUGAGUGUACGCUGAGAAUACAGAAAGUGUGGGGACCAAACAUUUUGAUGUCAUGUGGUACAAGGUCCGGUAUAAUAACGGGCUCUAGAAAUCGCCUAUGUGCUGUAUGUGUUGUUACAGAAAAUCUGUUUGUAUUAUUAACUUUAUGCAUUGCAACAGGAAAUGGGAAUGUUUUGCACAACGAACAAAUGUUAUUUACCAGUGAAAACAUGCAUGUGAUCAUGUCAUGAACAGUCACGGUCAGAAGAAAUGGCUCAUGUUUGGUAAUAAAUCUGUGUUCAGAUGCAGACGGUUGAUAAUACGUUCACCUCGUUAAUCAUGAUGGUACAUUAGUGUUAGCAACAUCCAGCGGCUGAUGUUUGACUUUUUAAUGAACAUCUGCAUCAGCUGAUGUUGGAAACAGCAAUGAGAACCGAGGUGAACAGAUCUGAUGACAUCGUUUAGUUUUUUAAUGAAGACAUAUCAUCAUAUAUGGUUAU